UCAGAGCUUCUCUCUCUAAAAACUCUCUCUUUCUCUCUCUAAAACCCUUUCUCUCUCUAUCUCUCCUCUCCCGUCUCUCAUUGUGUGUGUACAUGUAUAUGGUUAGGUUCUCGUAUUGGGAUGAGCUUCACAGCAGAUAGAUAAGUAAAAAGCUUUUAAUGGCUCCGACAAGAAAAUCUAGAAGUGUGAAAAGAUUUUCUACCAUAAAUGAGGUACCUCAUGAGAAAGAUGGUAGGAACUUGGGCAAAAGUAAGCAGCGGAAGAAGAAAUAUUAUGACAAAUUAGGACCUCAAUGGAGCAAGGAAGAGCUUGAGCGGUUUUAUGAAGCCUAUCGGAAGUAUGGGAAAGACUGGAAGAAGGUGGCUGCCGUAGUGCAUAACAGAUCCAUUGAAAUGGUGGAGGCCCUUUACACUACAAACCGGGCAUACUUAUCCUUGCCAGAGGGUACGGCUUCUGUGGUUGGCCUUAUAGCAAUGAUGACAGAUUACUACAAUGUCCUGGAAGAGAGUGAUAGUGAAAGAGAGAGCAAUGAAGCUUUGACAUCUGAAAAACCUCUGAAACGCAAACGGGGUAAAGUUCAGCCAAGUGUCUCAAAAGAUCCUUGCCAGUCUCGGUCAAUUGCAUCUAGUGAUGGUUAUUUAUCUUUUUUGAAGAGGAGACGCUUUGAUGGUAAUGAGCCUUGUGCAAAGGGGAAAAGGACACCUCGCUUUCCCGUUUCAUAUUCACUUAAGAGAGAUGAUGCAGAAAUUAAUGUAUCACCAAAUAAAAGAGGCCGGAAGUCUGAUUCUGAUGCUAAUGAUGAUGAAGUCGCCCAUGGGGCAGCAUUGGCUUUAGCUGAGGUUUCACAGAGAGGAGGCUCUCCCCAGAUUUCUCAAACACCAUACAGAAGAACAGAGCACAUCAAAUCUGCACCUCUUCGGACCUGGGGAAAAAUGCAUCAACAAUCUGACACAGCUCAGGCCAACCUUCGUUAUGCUGCCAUGGAUGAAAACUGGUUGGAAGGUAGUAUAGGAAGUAGAGGAGUUGAAAAUGGCGAUUAUGCAAGAGAUACUAGCUCCUUGAUGGAUAUGGAAGGUGUAGGCACGGUAGAAGUUCGUCGAAAGGGGAAGAAGUUUUACAGAAAGAAAGAGAAAGUUCAAGACAUUGCAAACCAUCAGUAUGAUGAUGGUGGAGAAGCCUGUAGUGGUACUGAGGAAGGACUUAACUCUGGUGUCUCCAAAGGAAAAUUUGACAUUGAAGUUUCAAAUUCAAAAUCUGAGAGAUUCUCUCCACAAGGUCAAAGGAAGAGAAGCAAGAAACUCUCCUUUGGAGGUGAAAGUACUGGCUUGGAUGCUCUGCUGGAACUGGCUGAUUUGUCUCUAAAGAUGCCCAUAUCAAGAAUGGAAUCUGACUCAUCUGUCCAAUUGAAGGAAGAAAGAGCAAUUCUUGAUAUGGAUGAUAAGGCCAGUUUACCAGAAGCUAUGUCUACAAGCCAUUGUGCAGACAAAAAUAAAUUUCUGGGGUCAAAACAGAAGGCACAUCAUACAAUUGCUGGAGUUGAUGGUACAACCUCCAGAAAAUUGAAAAUUGGAAGGGACCCAGCUAUUGAUGUUAAUGUUGCUUCUGAAGAGAAAGAACAGCUUCAGCUUGCCGAUAAAGCAUGGAAAAGAAAGCGCAAGUCCAUGGUAUCAAAGUUGCAGAUGUCAAAUGACAAAGCUCAUACCGAUUCUCUUCUAAGUGAACCUUUGAAGACUGAGGUCUUAGCUGAAGAAGAGAAUAAACCAGUGAUCAUAGGAAAACGUACCGAUCAAAGUUUUACUUUUUUGAAGCCCUGGAAAUCAGUCAGAUCAUCAGACGGUUCCUUGGAUAGUGAUCAGAAAAGAGCAGAGACUGAUCUAUCAGUAUCAACCACAGAAAUUCCUGCUGCAAGUCAAAGUAGUUUACCUUCUAAACGAAAGAGUAGGCGUAAAAUGGGUCAACCGAAACCAUUCUUGAAAGAGACAAAGUCUUCUCAUGGGAACAGGUUUAUAAAUCGACGUAAAUACUCCACCUCACCAUCAGAUAGACCACCCUAUCUAAAACAAAUGCUUCUUUGUUGCCUUUCAUCUUCUUUGGUCCGUAGAUGGUGCACUUUUGAAUGGUUUUACAGUGCAAUUGACUACCCUUGGUUUGCAAAAAGGGAGUUUGUGGAGUACUUAAAUCAUGUUGGACUGGGACACAUCCCAAGACUAACUCGUGUUGAAUGGGGUGUCAUAAGGAGUUCCCUUGGCAAGCCUAGGAGGUUUUCUGAACAUUUUCUUCUUGAAGAAAGGGAGAAACUUAAACAGUAUCGGGAUUCUGUGAGAAAACAUUAUACAGAACUUCGUACUGGUAUUAGGGAAGGACUUCCAACAGAUUUAGCCAGACCUCUAUCAGUUGGACAACGAGUAAUUGCUCUUCAUCCAAAAACAAGAGAAUUUCAUGAUGGAAGUGUGCUCACAGUUGAUCAAGAUAAGUGCAGGGUUCAGUUUGACCGUCCUGAGAUAGGAGUUUGGUUUGUCAAGGAUAUUGAUUGCAUGCCUUUAAAUCCAUUGGACAAUAUGCCGGAAGCUCUCAAGAGACAGAACAUUACCAUUGACAAAUUCUCUCUUCUAUCCAAGGAGCCACAAAUGAACGGGCAUCCAAAUUUUGGUGGAUCUAUGAUGUUUGCUUCAAGUGGGAAUCUAGACAAGGUCACAAGCCCCAAGAAUACCUUUGUACAGCAAGGAAAGGUGGAUACAAACCACGCCAUUGCACAAGCUAAGACAGCAGCUAUUGAUAUUGGUAGUUUACAACAAGAAGCCUAUAGUCAACCUUCUAUGCUGCCCCAAAAUCAUGCAAAGGAAGCUGAUAUUAGAGCUCUUACUGAGCUGACUCGUGCUCUUGAUAAAAAGGAAGCAUUGUUAAUGGAACUUAGGAGUACGAAUAAUGACAUAGUGGAAAACCAAAAUGAGGGAGAUUGCUCUUUGAAGGAUUCUGAACCUUUCAAGAAGCAUUACGCCAUGGUACUUGUACAGCUAAAGGAAGCCAGUGGCCAGGUUUCUUCUGCUUUACUUAAUUUGAGGCAGCGCAAUACUUAUCCAGGAAACACCCUGCAUCCCUGGCUGAAGCCCCCAAGCAAUUCCUGUUUAAAUGGCAGCCUUACAAGUUGUUAUGAUAAUUCUUUCAUAUCUCAAGAAUCAGGAUCUAGCGUAGUUGAAAUUGUCAACGGGUCAAGAUUGAGAGCACAUACAAUGGUAGAUGCUGCUAUUCAGGCAUUCACAUUGAGGAAGGAAGGGGAAGACGCUUUUGUGAGGAUUGGAGAGACUUUAGAUUCUAUUGAUAAUCAGCAAUUAACAUCUGACUCUGGUGUACCGGUAAUCAGGUCUCAGCAGCAGAUCAAUGGCGGUCUGGGUAACCAGAAUCAGCUGAGUUCCUGCAAAGCAGAGCCCCUUUUUUCCAGUGAUGCAUCUGGUGCAAAACCAUGUAAUGAUUCUGAUGAAAAUGAGGCACGAAUACCAUCAGGGCUUAUCACUUCCUGUGUUGCUACAUUGCUCAUGAUACAGACUUGUACUGAAAGACAGUAUCCUCCAGCUGAUGUGGCUCAGAUAUUAGAGUCUGCUCUUAAAAGCUUGCAUCCAUACUGUACUCAGAAUCUUUCUAUUUAUAGAGAGAUUCAAAUGUGUAUGGGAAGAAUCAAGACUCAAAUAUUAGCCCUUGUACCAACAACUUAAAUAUUAUGCUGCGCCGUUCAGUCUGUACAAUUAACCUUGUAAAUAUUAUGCUGGAAGAUUUGGUUUAAACCUCAGUCCCAUCCCCCCUUGUGAUUUAGCUAGCUGGGAUUAAUACUUACUAGUGAACAGUGAUAAUGUAAUUUAGCUUCAUCUUGUAAUUUAUUUUUCCCUUUUUUCCCUUUU